CCAUGUUUUUUGAACAGGAGAGGAUCAGCUCUUUAAUUCUAUGCAUAGGCGACUAUACUCAGUACUGUAACUGUAACUUGCAUGUAGAUCUAACUAUUAUUGGUAAUCUGUCGUUUUAGAAAUAUUGAAUCAAGACAAAUCUGCUUGUAAAGAUGGCAUCUAAUCAGAAACAAAAAUCACCAGCAGCAUCUGAAACCAUGGACAUUCUCAUGGAAAUGUCACGACUACUUAAUACUGGUCUGGAUGAAGAGACAAUGGCAGUGUGCCUGAGGCUCUGUGAAAACGGCAUAAACCCUGAAGCCCUGGCAGAAGUUAUCAAGGAGUUGAGGAGAGAAUCUGCGAAUGUUAAAGCUAAUGAAUCAGGAAAUACAACAUAAAGUCAUCUUAUACCAUUGACAGUUUUACAUUGUAUAUUGUAAAUAAUUUACAUUCUAGUAAUUCUAAGAAUAUAAAAUAUACAAAAAUAAAAAUAUUUUGUUUAAUUUUA